UAACCUCACAUUCCCCACCCACUUCUCAGUGACCAAAACAACCCGCAGUGACAUCAAUAAUUUUUUAUAUUUACGGAUUUCAUUAGUUAGAAUUUCUGCAAGAUGUCACAAGAAGUAGAAGAGACUCUCAAGAGGAUUCAGUCCCAUAAAGGCGUAGUCGGGACAAUUGUUGUGAACAACGAAGGCAUUCCUGUUAAGAGUACCCUUGACAACACCACGACCGUACAGUAUGCGGGACUGAUGAGUCAGCUGGCAGACAAGGCCAGGAGCGUGGUGAGGGACUUGGACCCAUCGAAUGACCUCACCUUCCUCCGGGUCAGAUCAAAGAAGCAUGAGAUAAUGGUAGCUCCCGACAAGGAUUUCAUCCUUCUCGUCAUUCAAAAUCCUACAGAUUGAAACACGAAAUUUAAAAUUUUCCACUCACCAUGGCUCCGGAAGGCAUUGCCUGGAACCAAUUUUACAGGAAGUGCAGCGAGUCUCCUUUGUUCUCUGAAAGGCUCCUGAGAUUAAUAGCCAGGGUAUCACUAGAUUCAAAUAAUUUAUUUUUCCUUUAUCAGUCGGAUAUAAAAUUCUCUUCUAUGACUACCACGCAAUAUCAUUUAAAAUUAUAAUUGUAAUUAAUUUAAUUAAAUUUGCAGUGAAAUAAAUUACAUUAUUAUCAUGAUAA